UGACUUUAUAUUCUCGCCAAAACUCUUGAGAGGAUCCGAAGGAGAUCUUGUUGUUAAUGCUAGUGUUAAUUGUUGGUGGAGUUUUUGUAGUGGUUACCAAAAUUAGUACCGGCCUUAAUUCAGAGGAGUUUUGCAAAUACAAAACUCACAAAAUUUGUUUAAAAUCACAAUUUUCAGACCAUCUUUUCCAAACCCUAGAAUCACAAUUUUCUGAUCUUUCUUGUGUCGUUGUUUCUGUCAACUCUCAACAAUGGUGAGUUACAGAGUAGCAAAAGCUUCUGAAUACCUAGUAAUAACUGGUUGUGGUAUUCCAGACAUUAAACUAGCAAAGAAAGCAUGGAUUCUUCCAGGUCAAACCUAUUCUCGUUUCGAUAUUUCGCCUGUAAACUACACCUUCGAGGUUCAAGCUAUGAGUUUAGAAAAGCUUCCUUUUGUUCUUCCUGCUGUUUUCACAAUCGGCCCUAAAAUUGAUGAUCAUGAUUCCUUGUUGAAGUACGCAAAACUUCUUUCGUCUCAUGAGCGUCAUGCUCAUGAAGUUAGGGAUCUAGUUCUAGGUAUUAUCGAAGGAGAAACUAGAGUUCUUGCUACUUCCAUGACCAUGGAGGCUGUUUUCAGAGGUGCUAAAGAAUUCAAGCAAGAGGUGUUUGAUAAAGUUCAGUUAGAGCUUAAUCAAUUUGGGCUGUGGAUCUACAAUGCGAAUAUCAAACAGCUUGUUGACGUUCCAGGGCAUGAGUAUUUUUCGUAUUUGGGGCAAAAGAUUCAGAAGGAAGCUGAAAAUCAAGCGAAAAUUGAUGUUGCAGAAGCAAAGAUGAAAGGUGAAGUUGGUGCCAAAUUGAGGCAGGGACAGACCAUACAAACCGCUGCGAAGAUCGACGCUGAAACGAAGAUUGUUGGAACUCAGAGACAAGGAGAAGGGAAGAAAGAAGAACUUAAGGUUAAUGCCGAGAUUAAGAUCUUUGGAAAUCAAAGGGAUGCUGAUGUUGCUGAAACUAAUGCUGAAUUAGCUACUAAGAAGGCUGGAUGGGCACAAUCUGCUGAAUUGGCUCAAGUGGAGUCUGUCAAGGCUGUUGCCAUUAAAGAGGCUGAGCUGCAGAGGGAGGUGGAGUUGAAGAAUGCUUUGACUCAGAUUGAGAAAUUGAAGGCUCGGUAUCUUAGCAAAGCUAGUGUGGAAUAUGAUGUCAAGGUCCAAGAGGCAAACUGGGAGUUAUACAAGAAACAAAAGCAAGCAGAAGCUGUUUUAUUUGAGAAACAGAAAGCAGCAGAUGCUCAAAAACUUGUUGCUGAGGCCGAAUUUUUCGCGAAACAACAGGCUGCUGAUGGAGAACUGUAUGCAAAAAAGAAAGAGGCCGAAGGAAUGGUUGCUGCAGCUGAAGCACAAGGAGUUUAUGUUCAAACUCUGUUGCAGGAAUUUAAUGGAAACUAUGCUGCAUUGAGAGAUUAUAUGAUGAUUAAUGGCGGAAUGUUUCAAGAAGUUGCUAAGAUUAAUGCAAGUGCUGUGCAAGGUCUGCAGCCAAAGAUCAGCAUAUGGACUAAUGGAGAUGGUUCCUCUUCUGGAAAUGGUAACUGUACUGAAGGUUUUGCUGAAGUAUACAAGACGCUCCCACGAUUGUUUCAAACUGUGGAGGAACAAACUGGAAUGACUCCACCUUCAUGGUUGGCUGGACCUCCAAACACUCAGAAGUCGGAGGAACUGACCCCGCCGUUGGUUGGACGUGUUACGAACACUCAAAGGUGGGUUUGAUUGUGAGUAUCACGGUAGGCUUAAUUGAAUUUUGGUUAUUCGAAUCAGUAAUGUGUUUAGCAACUUCUUGUUCGUGCUAGCAUUUAAACAGGUUACUAAUAUAGCUUUUAAGAUACUGAAUUCGAUUGCA